CGUUGCAAAAACGGACACACCGGUCAAGUCUUUGUAACUUUGCUGUUGCCUACGGUUGUCAAUUUGUCAUCGUGUUUAACACUCCACGAGCAGAAGAAAACCAGAGAGGAAGCUGAGAUAGCAGAGAAAUUAUCAGUGAUCUCUCACAUUUUCGCCCGUCGGAAACCCUACAUCUCACAAUUUUUCAAACAUACAGAUUGUCGGUAACCCUAGAUUUAUUUCGGAUUUGGAUAGAUCCAACCUCUGCUCCUCUAUGGCGCAUCGAAGAGCGAAGCUCUGUUUCUUCUUAUGCGCUCUAUUAUACGCUCUUACCGUCUCGGCAGGGAAGAGCUAUUACGAUAUAUUGCAAGUGCCAAAGGGUGCCUCGGACGAGCAGAUCAAGAGAGCUUAUAGAAAGCUUGCAUUGAAGUACCAUCCUGACAAGAACCCGGGCAAUGAAGAGGCCAACAAGAAAUUCGCCGAGAUUAACAAUGCAUAUGAGGUGUUAUCGGAUGGCGAGAAGAGGAGUAUAUACGACAGAUAUGGGGAAGAGGGGCUGAAGCAGCAUGCGGCAAGUGGUGGCAGAGGUGGAGGAGGAAUGAACAUUAACGAUAUAUUUUCACAGUUCUUUGGUGGGGGUUCAACGGAAGAGGAGGAGGAGAGAACUGCGAAGGGCGAUGAUGUAAUUGUUGACUUAGAUGCGACAUUGGAAGAUCUAUACAUGGGAGGUACAAUGAAGGUUUGGAGGGAGAAAAAUGUUAUAAAGCCUGCCCCUGGGAAGAGACGCUGCAAUUGCAGAAAUGAGGUCCAUCACCGACAAAUUGGUCCUGGGAUGUUCCAACAGUUCACUGAACAGGUUUGCGAGGAAUGCCAAAAUGUCAAAUAUGUAAGGGAGGGAUACUUUGUCACAGUUGAUAUUGAGAAAGGGAUGCAAGAUGGGCAGGAGGUGGUGUUCUAUGAUGAUGGUGAGCCUAUAAUAGAUGGAGAGCCAGGAGAUUUGAGGUUCCGCGUUUGGACCGCGCCCCAUGAUACCUUCAGAAGGGAAGGCAAUGACUUGCACACGACCGUCACCAUUACCCUAGUUCAAGCUCUUGUUGGUUUUGAGAAGACUACCAAACACCUUGAUGAGCAUUUAGUGGAUAUUGGCACAAAGGGAAUUACCAAGCCCAAGGAAGUGAGAAAGUUCAAAGCGGAAGGGAUGCCACUUCAUUUUAGCAAUAAGAAAGGAGAUCUGUACGUCACCUUUGAGGUUCUAUUCCCGACAUCAUUAACAGAGGAACAGAAGGCAAAGAUUAAAGAAGUUCUUGGCUAGAGUACAGUAUUAGACUUUCUUUUCCCCUGGGGUACUAAGGCUUCCCCUAGUAAAAUGACGAGGUUCCAUACAAAAUCGAUCAAGUCUUCCAGGUUUUCUUUUUUACAUGUCUCAAUUAUUAACAGAGUAGCUGAGAUAUAUUGCUUUUAGUCCUCUCAUGUUUCAACUGUUCUGUGCCGUGAAGGCCCUAAUUUUUACAUUAUUUUUGUCCCCAGUAAGCUCUGUAAUAGCUAAUCAAAAGAACUGAAUUUAACUCAUUGGUUUCGUAUUUUGUUUAUGCUUGGUUUGCCUCCGAAAUCUGAAAUACAAUGAUUUCCAUUCCAACU